AUGUCACUGGCAGAUGAGCUGUUAGCCGAUCUUGAAGAAGAUGGAGAUGAUCUGGAUGGGAUUGGCGAUGAAGAAAUGAAGGAGGCUGUGUUAGAAGAAGUUGAUGAAGCUCUUUCUAGUGUUAAUUCGUAUGACCGGAUUGAUGCUGUAGCGAAGUUGUCUUCAACUCAAAAGUAUUUAAUGCAUUACAAGGAUUUGGUAGACACAAUGGAGAAACACUUGAAGUUGGAGGAGAUACCACCAGUUAGUUCACUGCUGGAGGCGGACCCUCAGUACAAAUUGAUUGUGCAACUUUCUCAGCUGGCGGCAGACAUUGACCAGGAAAUCAAUGUUAUACAUAAAUUUGUUCGUGAUAAGUACGAAAAAAGGUUUCCAGAGCUAGAAUCGUUGGUACCUAAUCCAUUGGAAUAUCUGGCAACUGUUAAGCAUCUCGGGAACGAUAUUUCAACCAAAGGUCAAAAUAAGCAAAUCCUAAGUGACAUUCUUGCUCCAGCAACUUGCAUUGUGGUUAGUGUAACAGCUUCCACUACUCAGGGGAAACCUUUGGAAGUUGAUGAAUUGGAAUCUGUCAUUGAAGCAUGUGAAAUGGCUGAAAAACUGCACCUGGAUAGGCUUAAUAUGUAUCGUUUGAUUGAGUCACGAAUGUCACUGAUUGCUCCCAACCUAUGUGAAAUCUUGGGAGCUGGCACUACUGCUAUGGUUGUUUCGAAAGCCGGAGGUCUCGCACCGUUGGCGAGAUUGCCUGCAUGCAACGUUCUUGUACUGGGUGCGCAGAAAAAAACAUUGACAGGUUUUAGUUCUAGUGCUGUUCUUCCGCAUGCUGGUUUUCUCUAUUAUCAUCCGAUUGUUCAGGGUGUCCCUCCAGACUUAAGAGAAAAGGUCGCACGGCUAUUGUCGGCAAAAACUACUUUGGCUGCUCGAGUGGACUCUUUACAUGAAUCAUCAGAUGGAGCUAUAGGUAGAGGAUUUUUUGAUCAAAUAAAACAGAAAAUUGAGAAGAUGUUGGAACCUCCUCCAAUAAAAGCUGCGAAACCUCUUCCAAAACCUCUUGACAAGGCUAGCAAAAAACGUGGAGGACGCCGUGUUAGAAAAAUGAAAGAGAGAUUAGGACUGACGGAACUGAGGCGAAAGGCAAAUAGAAUGAAUUUUGGCGAACUUCAGGAAGAUGUUAUCCAGGAUAACGUGGGAUUUUCGUUAGGGCAGGCUAUCAGUGGCCCAUCGUCUGGGGGAAGAAUUCGAACGGCUGUAGUUGACCCAAAGACUCGUGCAAGGAUGUCACAGAAACUACAGAAAUCUUUGGAAAGACAGAGACUCCUGGGAGGUGGAGCAACUUCUGUCCGUGGUUCGAAAACGGCCGGUACAGCGUCGAGUGUCACUUUUACUCCUGUUCAGGGUAUCGAAAUAGUAAAUCCAACAGCGAAACAGAAUGUCAGUUCUUCAUGUUCCACAUAUUUUUCUCCCUCCGCAACUUUUAUAAAGGUACAAACUCCUUUACCUCGGUGA